AUGCCUGAAUCCACAAUUCCUGCGGCUGCUGGUGCCCAGGCUUCUAGCUCACAUAGGUCGAUUGCGCCUGGUAGGCCGAGCGCUGAAUCUGCAAUUGAGUCUGAUGUGUAUCCUUAUGGGCUUGCAACCAGCAGUGGCAGCUAUUCAAGAGUAGAAGAUAGCUACCCGAGGCCAAGAUCAGCGUCCUUCUCCGCGCGGUUCAGACAGGCAGGAGGAGUCAAUAGCAUUGACAACUUUGCUCGGUCGUGGCAGCGAGCUGCAUAUUUUCCAGAAGUCUUACCUCGACGAUCGUCAUUUGUGAUAGACUCCGACGAAGAAUGGGCUGGGAAUACAAACGACAUCUUCAGGCCACAUGAUUACUCGGGGCAUGGGGCCGACGUUACACGUCCCUUGUUGGGUGCCGAUGGAGAAAGUGAAGACAAUGCCAUGGCCGGCCAGCUGGAUCUGAGAAAAAAAACAUCGAUUGCAGACAUUUUUGAACCAUCGCUGGGGGGUUCGUACGGAACGAUUUCUUCCCGCGUUAGUGCGACGGCACGGAAGCAUGCGAUCCAAUUGCACAGAGAGCAACAAAGUCAUGGUGAUACAUCUGUGGGCUACGAAAGGGAACCGGUCCUUGUAAAGCAGGUGCAUCAUGAAGACGGUACAAGAGAGUGUAUCGUUGUCGGCCAAUCUACGGUUCCACAGACAAUCUUCAAUUCCGUCAACGUUUUAAUCGGUGUUGGUUUGUUGAGCUUGCCACUAGCUCUGAAGCAUGCUGGCUGGCUUCUUGGCCUGCUAUUUCUGCUAUUCGCUGCAGUGGCCACAAAUUACACGGCAAAGAUCCUUGCAAAGUGUCUUGAUGCUGAUCGGAGUAUUGUCACUUACGCAGAUCUAGCAUACAUUAGCUUCGGUCACCACGCACGCUUAGCGACAAGUCUCUUGUUCUGCUUGGAACUAGUUGGGGCUUGUGUUGCACUGGUUGUGCUUUUUGCGGACAGUUUGCAAGCUCUCAUCCCGGGCUUGAGCCUUCUUCAGUGGAAAAUAGUAUGCGGACUUUUGCUUGUUCCCCUCAACUUUUUACCAUUGCGACUUCUUAGCGUGACAAGUAUACUCGGCAUACUUUCUUGUACCUCUAUUGUCAUUAUCACUUGUAUUGAUGGGCUUACGAAACCAACCGCCCCGGGAUCUCUCCUUCAACCAGCCAGGACGUAUUUAUUGCCUGACAAUUGGGCCACUCUUCCUCUUAGCUUUGGGCUGAUAAUGUCACCAUGGGGUGGCCACGGCGUAUUUCCAAAUAUAUACCGCGAUAUGCGGCAUCCACAGAAGUACGGCAAGAGUCUGUGGGUCACUUAUAUUUUUACGUAUUCUCUUGACUGCACGAUGGCCAUAGUGGGCUGGAUCAUGUUUGGAGACGAUGUUCGAGAUGAAGUCACUGCCAACAUCCUACGCACAGAAGAAUAUUCGCAGGUAUUGUCUAUUUGCAUGAUCAUGUUCAUCGCCAUCAUUCCAAUCACAAAAGUACCAUUGAACUGCCGGCCGCUCGUGGCCACAGUCGAAGUCCUCUGUGGACUUGGCCAUGGUUCAAAGCUUUCAAAAGCCUUAAUACGCAUCCUUGUCGUGGUCAGCAUUGUUAUCAUGGCAGUGUUAUUCCCUUCGUUUGAUCGAAUCAUGGCGCUGAUGGGGUCAGCUUUAUGUUUCACGAUCUGCAUCAUAUUGCCGGUUGCCUUCCACCUGAAAAUAUUUGGCAACGAAAUAAGUCCAAGAGAACGGGUACUGGACUGGUGCCUUUUAAUAACUUCCUCGAUAUUGGCGUUGAUUGGGACUGCAUGGUCCAUUCUGCCACAGGAUGCCAUCCCUGCACUGUAA